AUGGCAGCAGCAGCCUCAGUCCCUGACGCGAUAGCACCCACACAGAAGAAGCGACCCAGGCUGAAUCCAGCGCGACGAAAGACAGCCAAGGCCAAGGUGCAGUCUGAGGCAACACCAGCCGUGUCAGUGGCGAAGACAAGAGGCGAAAGCGCACUGGAAGUCAAGAAAUCGAGUCCGACCGCGAGCAUCAAGCCAAAGCCCUCGACAAGGCAGAACUCGAUCCCCACGGCGUGUUCAUCUAGUCAUAGCGUUGUGAAGCCGACGAGAGCGGCACCAAAGUCCUCUCAAAAGUGCCAGAACUCCGCGAAACAAGAUCUUCCUCCUCCUCCAGGAGCAGGUGGCGGAAGUAAUGCCAGUACUGUCGCUCUGGCAGCGCCCUCUUUCGUGACUGGGGGUCUUCUAGGCUGCGCAGCGGGCGCCGCCGUCUUGCUCGGAAGUGGUCUUUUAAAGAAUGCAGUCGGGGUCGAUUCUGCUGUCCUGGCUGCUCGCAGUGCGAAGGCCGUGCUGAACAACCUGAUCGACGACUCAAUCACGAGCAUGAAGGCCGGUACCUAUAGCUCCGCCGAUUCGCUGGACAUGCUGCGGAGAACAACCCUGGCAUAUGCAACUCUCGUACCCGGAGGUGCACCCUUUGUUGAGCGGAUGUUCCGUGAGGUCGAGAUGAUCCGUAGGCAGCGCGGACAUGAAGUGGACAAAGUCGUGGCUGAUGCCAGUGCUGAGCUGUCUGUCGCCGGCAAGAAAGGCGCGGGUCCAGCUGAGCUGCAAAGCAUCAUCGUGAGCAACCUGGUCAAGAUUUCACAAUUUGCUGGCACAGCAACGCAAGACAUCGUGGCUCGUAACCCACGAUUGAGCCCAUUCCGAGACGGUGCUGCCAAAGCACUGAGGCCACCACCUCAACCCAAGACACCUACGCUCAAGCUGAACAUGACGAUGAAGCAAAAGCAGACUGCCGCUGCGUGA